AUGGGGAAUGUCAAGGCUUGGUCCGACGCACAGAACGAACGCGAAGCCAAUUUGAAAAUCUUGAAAGAAGAACUGUCGGUGAACGCGUUAGCAGACGAACAGAGAAAUUUCCGAAAGGAUGAAAAGCAGCGAAAAUCUCGAAUGCGAGCGUUGCGUGAACAUGAUAUGGAAAGCUACAUUAAAAUGAUCAAAGAAGUCAAGAACGCACGGAUACUAGAAAUUUUGCAGAAUACAGAGAAACUACUUGAAGAAAUCGAGUCGAAAGUCCAAAUCGAGAUAUCUGACAUUUAUGGCAAAGGCGAUUUAAAAAUUGAGAACAAUAUAUGCAGCGAGUCAAACAGUCAAAAAACGUUGAACAACGCCAAUGCAGAAGAGAAAAAACCUACAAGCGUGGGUCUAUUCACACGCGCCAACACGGAGAAGGUUACACAACCAUCUUGUUUGGUCGGCGGUACACUAAUGAACUACCAGCUGGUAGGGCUUGAGUUUCUCGUCAACCUUUACAACAACAACCUAAGUUGCAUUCUUGCAGACGAAAUGGGGCUGGGAAAAACGAUUCAGACAAUUUCGUUGUUGGCUCAUCUUUACGAACACAAAAACAACAAAGGACCGCACCUCAUCGCAGUGCCGUUGUCGACUUUGUCAAACUGGAUGCAAGAAUUCAGUACGUGGUGUCCUAUUCUCAAAGUGAUUCUUUACUCGGGAUCCAAAGAAGACCGGAAAAUCUUGAACCAAGAGUUAACCUACAGCAAGUUCAACGUAAUAAUUACGACGUUCGAAUACAUUUUGCGUGAACGAAAGAAUUUGGCUAAAAUCAAAUGGAGAUAUAUAAUAAUAGACGAAGGCCAUAAAAUGAAAAACUACAAAUCGAAAUUCCACUCUACUUUGGCGGAGUUUAAGUCGACGCACAGAAUUCUGCUUACAGGCACGCCGCUUCAAAACAACUUGAGCGAGUUGUGGAGCUUGCUGAACUUUUUGAUGCCCAAAACUUUCAACUGCAGCGAAGACUUUGAAAAGUGGUUUGAAGAGCCGUUUAAAGACCAAUACGAAAACAAGAACGAUGUAGCUAUGAACGAAGAAGAAAAGAUGGUUAUUAUAAACCGGCUUCACUUAGUUUUGAGACCGUUUAUUUUGCGAAGGGUCAAAGCUGACGUACUAAACGACCUCCCGUCUAAGCGAGAAUACAUCGUUAGAAUUUGCCUGACACAGUACCAAGAGUUUUUGUAUAAUCGAUUAGUUAAUAAGUGUUUAAAUAUAUCCGAUAAUAAACAGCAAAAAGUAUGCAGAAGUAUAAGCAACGGCGUGAUGCAGCUCAGAAAGGUUGUGAACCACCCAUAUCUGUUUGUCAGUCAGUACACCAUAGACAAAAACAUUUUGCGUUCGUCAGGCAAAAUUGAAACGCUCGAUCGAAUGCUUUCGAAACUUUUGAUAACAAAUCACAAGAUUUUGAUUUUCAACCAAAUGACGUGUGUCAUGGACAUCCUUAGCGACUAUUUCAUUUAUCGUAAUUACAAGUUCCAUCGGCUCGACGGAACGAUGAGUAUGACGGAGCGUCAAGAGCGCAUAAACGAGUACAACGACCCGAACAGUAAGAUUAACAUUUUUAUGCUCAGCACGCGAGCGGGGGGCCUUGGGCUCAAUUUGCAAAUCGCAGAUACUGUUAUUUUGUUUGACAGUGACUGGAACCCACACGUCGACUUGCAGGCUCAAGCUAGAGCGCAUCGAGUGGGGCAGAAGCGCGAAGUACGCGUUUACAGAUUUGUCACGCUGAGCCCUGUUGAAGAGCUCAUAUUGUCCAAAGCGGGGUACAAAUUGAACUUGGACGAGCAAAUCAUUCAAGCUGGCAUGUUCAGCACGAAGUACAGCGAACAAGAGCAUUCUGAAAAACUGCGGUCUUUAAUUUACCAAAAAAGCGACCACGUUUCCAUUACCGCUACGUUGCCAAGCGAACUCUGUUCGUACCUAGCCAGGAAUACAGAAGAACUAGACUUGUUCCUGCAAAUGGAUAAGGAAUUAUUUAGCAGUGAAAUUUAUGAAAGCUAUCAGGGUCUUCCCAAACGUUUAAUUUCAAAGCAACAUUUGAAUAAUACGGUAGAUUUGUAA